AUGGCGAACGAUAGCGAUAGGGAGGGUCAGACAGACACGGGCAGGGCGCUGCGGGUGGUGUCGCUGCUGGGAGCGGCGAGCGAGGUGAUGGCGGCGCUAAGUCUGGCGCAUCUGCUGGUGGGGCGGUCGCACGAGUGCAAGUUCCCGCCGUCGCUGCUCGAGCUGCCGUGCGUGUCGUCGCCCGCGCUGGGGCCGGAUCUCGAGCAGCAGAGCUGUGCGACGGUGCACGACAGGCUUUCGGAGCGCGUGCGCAAGGGCCUGUCGCGGUACCACGUGGACGUGGAGGCGAUUCGGCGGCUGCAGCCGGAUGUGAUUAUAACGCAGGACGCGUGCGACGUGUGCGCCGUGACUUCAUCGGACCUCCAGGCGGCGUGCGCAGAAUACUUCGCGCAGCGCGAUGGCGCGGGGCGCGCGUGCCACGUGGUGUCGUUGCGACCAAUGAGCGCGUCCGACGUGUGGGACAAUAUUCUCCAAAUCGCCGCGGCAGUCGGGCACAAUGACAAGGGCCGCGCGCUCGUGGGAAAUUUACAGGCGCGCUGGGCGCGAGUGCGCGCGCAGGUUCCGCGGGGCGCGGAGGGGGCGUGCGCGCGCCCGCGCGUGGUGUGUCUGCAGUGGGUGCGGCCGCUGAUGGGUGCGGGGUACUGGGUGCCCGAGAUAGUCGCGUGCGCGGGCGGGGAGAGCCUUUCUGGGAAGGUGAGAUGUGGGGGAGUCCCUACCAUUCACUCCGCCAUCCCCUACCAUUCACUCCCUUUCCCUCAGCGCAACCCGCACAUUCGCCGUUCCCCACCCCUCCCUCUCACCCCUAUCAGCCUAGGAUUUCGUCACCAUGUGCUGCAGCCUCCUGCUCAUUCCACUCCCCCUCAUCCCUGUGUCCCAAACCCUGUCGCACCUCCCAUCCCUCCCUCUCGAUCCUGUCAGCCUGGCGAACGCACCACCAUACUUUCGUUCGAGACCCUUGUCUCUCUCGAUCCAGAUGUCAUCAUCACCAUGUGCUGCGGCGUUUCCAGGGAGGCCAUUCUGAAAGAGCUUCUCACCUCUGAGGAUCUGCCGCAGUGGAACCGGUUGAGAGCGGUGCAGAGGGAUGCGGUGUUUGUGGCGGAUGGGGACCGAUACUUCAACAACUCAGGUCCCACCCUUGUUGACUCUGCUGAGAUCAUGCUGGAGAUGCUCCAUGCGCACCGCUUCCAACCGCACAGAACUGCAACAGAGUGCUCUGAAGGCGCAGCUGAUGCCACCAACCCUGCUGGUGAUGCUGGUGUGGGUGACACUCCUCCCUGUUCAUCCCUCUCUGGCUCUAAUGCCAAUGGUCUAGUGGGCCAAGGAGGGGAGAACCUGAAGAUUGAGGUCAAGUACGAAGGGACGGCGUACACACACCUGACUGGCGGGUGUGUGGAGGCUUGGCGCGCCUCUGUAGGAUGGCAGGAAUGA